AUGGACACCGACUCGGCUGCCAAAGGUGUGGCGAGCGCGGCGAGCAACUCGUCUAGCUCGCUAAGCGCAGCGGUCUCGCCCCCCAUGGAGAGGACUAAUUCCCAGUCGAGCAUUCACAAGCCCAGCCAUAUUGCUGCCCAUCGACAGAGCUUCGCCGAGAACCAGAGACACCCCCCUCCGUCACCGCGCAACCAUCGCCACCCGUCCUUGACGCAGCAGGCACUUCUAGACCUCAUGAACCACCCUCCAACCAACAAACACCCGAAUCCCCGUUAUGCUGGGAGAGACUGGCGAGAUAUUACCGUCGGAGAACUUGCGGUGCCCGAGGACGUUAGGUGGGCCGACCUGGGCCUCAGCGUUCAAGAUGCUACCAUGCUGCUCCUCAAGCAGAACCCGACCAACGUUGUCCUGGUGCGCGAGACGCCCUCGUCCCAGGCAGCCAUCACUACAUUCGACUACUCCGACCUGAAUGCAUACUUGCUAGUGGUUGUCGGCCUCGCGAACCCAGACGAGGAACACGUCGCUUUGUAUGACGAGAUUUCAAAAAAAGCUCAAGCGCAGGAAGACAUACCCCUACGGGAUAUUCAGUCUCUUUCACGGAAGGAGGAACUGGUGACAGUAUCAGCAGAUGACUACCUGGACAGGGCGAUGGAGGCGUUCGGGAGUGGGAUUCACCGGAUCCUGAUCACCACACAAGCCGGCGAAGUUAUCGGUGUUCUUAGCCAGCUACGCCUCGUCGAGUUCUUCUGGAACGAAGCGGUCAACUUCCCCGCGAUCGAGCGGCUGUAUGGGAGCCUUCUCCGGGACCUCCAGAUCGGUACACAACAGACCAUUGCCAUCAAUCUCGACCGCCCUUUAACUGAUGCUCUCUUAUUAAUGCACAACGAAGGGCUGACAUCGGUGGCCGUGGUCGAUCAAGGCCUGAAUGUCGUCGGUAACAUUUCAACCGUCGACGUCAGGCAUCUCACAAACGCAGCCAGCCUGCCGCUCCUCAAGAGCUCAUGCAUGAACUUCAUCAGCGUGAUCCUCUCCGAGCGCGGCAUGGAGCACGGCCGCGACUCGUUCCCCGUCUUCCACGUCAACCCAUACUCGACCCUCGGCCACACUGUAGCCAAACUCGUCGCCACCAAGUCCCACCGCAUGUGGGUUGUCGAGUCCGCCUCGCCGUCACCAAGCGCGCCGGCAACACCGCUGCUCCAGCCGAGCCAGCCGGCGGGGCCAUUGGCUGCGGACAGCCCCUCUCCGUCAAACAACGUGGUCAUCCCGCCGUCGCCGGCCAACGCGCCGACACCGCCAUCCCCGCUCCCCAACCAGACCUUCGCGACGACCGUGAUACCGAGCGGGCUGCCCGGCGCGCGGCUGUCCGGCCGGCUGACGGGUGUCGUGUCCAUGACCGAUAUCUUGAAUCUCUUUGCCAAGUCGAGCGGCCUCCGUCCGCUAGACCCGGCGGAGCAGCGGGCCAGGAGGCGCCGGAGCUCGAGUUCGUCGGUGCGGCCGAGCCUGGAUAGUGCGAGAGCCAGCAUCGACUUUAGGAGGUGA